AUGAGCUCAACGCCCUUCAACCUCCCUACCAAAGCCUGCCACAAUUGCAGGAAGCGACGAUGGAGAUGCGACCGGUCCUUGCCAAGUUGCCAGAAAUGUUCUUCAGCGGGGACUGAGUGUUUGGGCUAUGGAAAGAUUUUUGUGUGGAACCAGGGCGUGGCGAGCCGGGGGAAGAUGAUGGGAAAGGGAUAUGAAGAGCGGAUGCGCAUGGUGCGUGAGACUGCGACGGAAAAGGAAGCCAAGGCCCACGAUGUACCCACCCUGAUAUGGGAGAACGAGAAUGUACCGAAACAACCAAAUGCAGACGUCGACCUUCAAGGACCAUGUGCGGAUUCCGAUGCCGAACCAGUGCCCACUCCCGCGCACCAGGAUGAGGAAGAGAUGGCCAUGACAGUUCACUGGCCUUUGGUAGAUCCGCUGGUCAACGAUCUUGACCAGCAUUCACGAUACUACCUGUAUCACUUCGCUGCACAUGUAUGCGAUGUCUUGGUGGUGCACGACAUGCCUGGACAGAACCCCAUACGUGACAUGAUACCUGCGACGUCCGCAUACCCGCAGCUGCUCCAAAUCAUGAUCGCAAACUCAGCCUUCCACGUGUUCAACAUCUCGCGCAACCCCAUGGGCCAGUCAGCUUAUCAGGGGCAACAAAGCCCGACCGCCAUGGCAUACUAUCAAGCUGUGAGUCGAUUCGGAGGGCCGAUGAAGUCGUCGUACAGAGACGCUCUCGUCGCAAAGCAACGGGCUUUGACAUUGCUGGCGCAGAACGUGGCAUCGGUCAAUGAGUCCAACAUCGACCUCAUACUAUUAACAAUUCUGAUGUUUGUCAAUUAUGCCCUGGUCGAGUCGGGACGAGACAAGUGGAAAGUGCACAUGGACGGCGCGCUGAAGCUCAUUAGGCUUCUUGGUGAACCGCCAUACCUGCAGCGCCCAAUGAGCCGGCUACGACUGACGAUCCUCUCAGACUUCCUAGUCUUUCACGUCCUAGGCUCGACCUUCAGCUUCACUACGCUUCCUAGACUCAUCCCAGAUACGAUCGAGCUGGAGCCCAUAUUACGAUAUGCGGAGACGAACAACUACCUCUCAUGUCCUGGCCCACUUCUGCGCAUCAUGCUCGAAUCCUUCGCGCUGCCAGAUGAGCUUGACGCCCCUGGGAAUACGUAUCCUCGCAAUGAUAUCCAGGAUCAAGUGGGUGUGUUGCUGCAGCGCGCGCUUGCAUUCGAUCCCAUUGCUUGGUCUUGCGACCUCGAACCUGCUUCCCCUUUCGAAGAUAUCGAGCAGCGCAUGCGUAUUGGUGCCGCGCACCGCUCAGCAGUUUGCAUCUACCUCGCGCGUGUGUUACCCUCGACCAACCCACUAUUCGAUACAGCGGGUGGUACCGCCCUCGUCAGUUUGACAGCUCUCGCAGACGACGUUGUUCACCACAUCUCGCAUCUGAAAGCCGGGGACGCGCUGUUCAAGUCGAUAUGUUGGCCCUUGUUCCUCGCUGGUGCUGAAUCAGAGGAUCCAGAACAGAGGGAGUGGAUUAUGAACACACUUGACGAGUUGUAUGGGAUAAUGUUUUGGGGGUAUCUGCGUACCUCUAAGCGAGUGCUGGAAGCCAUCUGGAAGUUCAAGGACAGAGCAAUGGCUGGCACAGACAACUGCUGGGUUGCGGAAGUGAAAGAUUAUGGGACUGAGAUCCUUAUUGCAUAA